GUGUAACCUUUGUUCCUCUUCCUGUCCGCAGCCUUUUCACAGAGAACGUCCUGGCCCACCCCUGUAUCGUCUUCCGCAGACAGUGUCAGGUGAACUACCACGCCCGUUGUUACCACCUGACCCCAUUCAGCGCCGUCGCCGUCAUGUACGCCAUCACCAAGGCCCAGGGUCCCAAGGCUCUGUGGAAGGGGAUGGGCAGCACCUUCAUCGUCCACGGCAUCACGCUGGGAGCCGAGGGCGUCAUCAGCGAGAUCACGCCGUUACACCGGGAGCUUCCUCACAGGUGGAGCUGGAAACAGCUGGCUGGACAUUUACUGCUCAAAGGGUUAACGGCUGCGGUGGCGCUCCCGUUUUACUGCGCCAGCCUCAUCGAGACGGUCCAGAGCGAGAUCGUCCGAGACGAGGCGUCCUCCGGGCUGCUGGACUGCAUCCGUGAAGGUCUGACCCGGUUGUUGGGCGUCGGCGCUCCUCACAGUCGCCGUCUGCUUCCUCUCAGCUCCCUACUGCUUCCCGCCGCGCUGCACGCCAUCCUGCGGUACGCCAUCGCCACCUCCGUCCAGCGUGCGGCGAUGUGGCUGCACCAGCGGGGCAGGAAGCAGCGGGCGGACCCGUCCAACCCCCUGGACGCCUACUUCCCUGAGCUGGCGGCGGCGUGGGCGGGGUCUCUGGUGGCCGACGUCAUGCUGUUUCCCCUGGAGACGGCGCUGCACCGCCUCAGCCUGCAGGGCACGCGCACCAUCAUCGACGCCACCGACGGCGUGGUCGCAGCGGGGAGCGGCCCGUUGGUCCUUCCCGUCAACACGCAGUACGACGGCUUCUCCGACUGCCUCCACGCCAUCCGCCGCAAGGAGGGCGUGGCCGGGUUUUACCGCGGCUUCGGCGCGCUGGCCGCGCAGUACGCGCUGCACGGAGCGCUGCUGGCCGCCGCCAGGACUCUGCUGAGGCUGCUGCUGCUGGAGGGCGGGGCCAGAUAGAGGCGUCACCAUGGAGACGCGGCGUCACUUCCUGUUCCAGCAUGAACUCGUGAACCCGUGUUAAAAAAUAAAAUUGUUGUGUUUAAACACUGAAAGCUGAUUGGUCGCCUGCAGUCCACGUGUCUCCCCAGCUUCACCACACAGUGAAACGUGGCCUCCUUCAGGACGUGGCGCCGCUUUUAAUCUGUACAAAGCUGUAAAAAUGAAAAAGCUUCUGUGGAAUAAAGUAAAAGUAGAUUUAAAAUAUGACCACGAAUAUUUAAAUUCACGCCGGAGAGCGAAGUCGUCAGAGCUGCACCUGUUCUCGUGUUCUGUUCUGUAAAUGUUGAAACUUUGUGUCCAAAAAUAAAAACCUUUAAACUCG